AUGAAGGAGCCACCGUUUAAUAGAAAAAUCACCGCGAAACUCGACUACAAUGGCGGUCAUGCACCUCUUCGCUUCAAUUCACCAUCUAGGCCAGCAUCACCAACAAAACAACCGAUGCAGUCAUCUCUCUCGCCGCCAGGAUUCCGUCCGACAGCCAAGGUCAGCUCAAAAGCUACCAGUGUCCGGAGACUGUCGGGUUCAGUUUCAUUGAAUAACAUCAACAAAGCAACACACUCUAGACCUGGGUCGCCUUCGAAACCAGCCCGAAGUCCCGGUCCUUCCAUAGUCACGAAUCCCGUUAAAGCUCGCGUUACGGCGCGGCCUGCAUCCAAGUCCACUACCACAUCUCCUGUGUCCAGUCCAUCUCCUCUAGAGUCGCGUCAGCGAUCAUCUACUACUGUUGCGUCAAGGCUACGACCUCCGCCCAAAGAAGACCGACCACGUAGCGAUAGCGUUGCCCUACAUCAUGCACAGUCUACCUCAGCAUCACGGAGAAAUUCACCAUCGCCCCGAACUCUGCUUUCUUCCGAACUUCCACUCGUACGCGUCGACCAAGGCCGUGUAUCACCAUCACCUCCCAUCAGGAUUAAAUCCAAGGUUUCUGGGUUAGCCAAAUCUAAUAGUAUCGAAACAGAUCCCGCUCGCUCGUCAACAUCCCCGUGGGUAACCACCAGGCCUACUCAUACGAGACCACCUAUACCUUCGCUGUCCUCAAGUCUCCCGUUAAACGCGCCUCCAAGUCCUCCUAAUUCGACUACGGUGCCAAAUUUCUAUCCCAUAACGACCGCAGCUCCUGCUGCUAAUCCCCACAGAUACCCCUCGCCGCGACGCGGCCCCUCACCUACACCCUAUCCAUAUCAAACAUUCACUCCACCUGAAGGACCUUUAAAAGCAGCUAGGCAGGUCCUGAAAGCGAAGGUCAACCCUGCUUCCAUUCCUCUUCCUCCACAUUCACCACCAAUAUCUGCAUUAUCAUUAUCUUCCAAGUCGUCCGUAUCUAGAAGCUCGUUGUCUUUGGAUUCCUCUCAUGCAAGUGCACCAACGCUUAGCUCUCACAUAAACGAGCGUUCAGAUACUGAAUCUGUUCGAGCCAAUAAUGGCCGUUCCCUUCAGAGCGAUCAUGACGACACAAUUUCGCCUACGACCAGUGCACAACAAUCUAGCCAAGAUCAGGAUAACGAUCUUGACUCUGAAAGCUCGGAGCACAAGGCCAGGGCUGCAGCCAAGUCUAAUCGAAAGAUUGCCGACUUGGAAAUAACGAAUAAAUCCCUCCUUCUUAUCAAUGCAUCACUUGAAACUACGAAGAACCGUCAAGCCAAAGAAAUUCGAGACCUCAAGCGGAAACUUCGUGAAUCUCGACUUAUUCUUCCCCCUAGAGCAUUCAGGGCCGUUGAGUCCCUUGCUCACGAAGAAGAAGAUGAAGAAGGGGAUGAUGACGAUGAUGAUGAUAGUGAAGAGGGUGAGAAUGAACCCGAUGAAGCUUAUGCGAGGGUGAGGGGUAUGCUAGAGGGCCUUCUAGAAUCAGGCAGGAAAGCCUUGGUAGAGACUCCUGACGAUUUCCGGCAGCGCCUCUCUGCCAAAGUCCUGAAUGCCGAUGAAGUCCGCUCAUGGAGAGAUUCAGGGCAGGAAUCUGAUACCGUCCUUGAUGACCACAGCACAAGGGACAAUAGGGAGAUCCAGGUUACAGUUCACCUCUCUCCCUCACACAUUGCUGUGCCUGACAGUGAUCAUGAUGACCUCUCGGAUGACGAGGUCGAACAGCUAACCUUGAAACCAGAUACGCCACCACCCUCUCAUUUGCCUCCAGUCAGGGUCGCUCUUUCUUAA